AUGUUGCCCUCUCUCAUACGACCAAUACGUCAAAUUGGGCCAUCGUGGAGACCUCUCAACACUUCAAGCCCAGUUUUCUAUCAUAUACCUUCAAGUGACCUAAUUGAGGAGGAAACAAUCACAGGCUAUGUAGCCGCCCAUUACUAUCCAACACAGAUAAGGGAAAUCAUCCCAGAUCGAUACCAAAUCGUGGGAAAGUUAGGAUUCGGAAGUUGUUCGACUAUAUGGCUUGCGCGUGAUAUGAGACUGCAAGUCAAACAAAAUGUCUCCCUCAAGAUGUUCAUCAAAUUGAAAGAGCUCGACAAGCAGUUGAACAAUGAACUUGAAAUCUACAACCGCACGAGCGAGAGUCGAAGAAUCACCAUGGCCGCCAGUCUAUCAGAACAUUACACGAUUCAGUUGAUGUUGAUGGCCCCAAUGCUAAACAUAGAUGUUUCAUACAUCCUGCUUUAUUUGAAAGUGUUGAGGCUGCCUACAUCGCGACCCGAUCCAGAAGCUUCCUCCUCAAGCCCUGGCAGUCGUGCUCGAGCAAGUGUUCUAGGCAUUGGAUUAUCUGCAUACAUGUUCGAUGUCGGCAGUGACUCCAUUUUCAAAGACAUCGAGAAACAAAAGGUCGAAUAUCAAAUUCCAAGGAAAGAAGUUGACGGUAGAACAAUCUACUGGUCUCGGAAUCUCAAAUGUCCACAUUCAAAAGACCUCCGUCCGAUCCUAGCGCGACGGUAA